UGGCUAGUGGCAGCACAUCUAGGCUUCACCACCAUGUUGCAAUCAAGACGAUCCAAAAAUAUACCCAUCAUCCGAGUAAUAAGAAAAUCGAAUCCAUAGCCAAUUUCGAGAUACUUCAUGUCGAUAUUCAACUGUGUGCUACAGUGUAUGAUUGGAGACCAAUCUGCACUCUUUCGUCUGCUUCCUUCUCCAUAUCCAAUUCCAUUCAAACCCAGUUCUCAAAGAAGCAAAUCAGAUUUGACCGUUUGAUUCUAUGGAGGUUACUUGUCCAUCAUAUCACUUCUUCAAUCUCGUUUUACGUCUUCGACCGUCUUCAAUGUCGCUAUCAGGUUGGUUUCUGUGACAUAUGAGAGCAUUUUUUAAGUCUGGUCUUAGAUUUAAGAACUCCAGUGCCUCAACAUGUCAGCAUAUGGCCAUCAGAUGGAAAGGGAGUAUUCGGCCCGGAGUCUCACAAGUGCGGAAGGAUCCGAUAUGGGAAGCCAAUUUAGAAUGGAAUCUGUGAUCUAUAUGUCUUCUUGUGCUGCAACUAUCUUCAUUGGCUCACUCGUAAUAGUUGGGAUCUUAUUGAUGACUUUGUUAAUUGCAUUGACCGUAAUGUUACAAUCAUGUCAAAGCAGGGAAGCUGGAGUUCUUGAAUCGUUCAAAUCUGAUCAUAAUCAGUAUGAUCAUUGCAGAAUGGCUGCUUUCCAUUCGGAGAUUAAUAGCUUUGAAGGAUAUUCUUUACCUGAAUUUUGUAAAGAUGUUGCUGUUAAGUACAUAAAAGAAGGUCAUUACAUGAGAGAGUUGAACAUUUCGGUGUCAUUGGUCGAGAAUUACUUCAAUGGCGUCACGCCAGAUGAUGGUGGUCGUGAUGUGGUGUUAAUGGACACCGAUGACUUCCUUCCUGACGACAGUCUCCGUACUAACCCAUUGUUGUACGGGUAUAAUCGAUAUGGUUGCAAUGAUUGUGUCAGAGAGGCAAAGCAUAUGAAACAUGUUUUCUUGAUACGAUUGUACUUAAAACUUCAAUCUGAUGGGUGGCCAUUGAUUUUGUUAUCAAGAAAGCCUGAAAAACUCCGAGAAGUCACUAUUGAGAACCUUACAUCAGCUGGAUGUGGUGGUUAUUCGAAAUUAAUCAUGAGAACAAAUGAGGAGAUGAAAAUGGAUACUCGCAAUUACUUUUCUUCGCAAAAAAUGGCGAUUCAAGCCGAGGGUUAUCACAUCAAAGCUGUGAUCAGCAGCCAGAUGGAUGCUUUGAUAGGUUCAAUUAUGAAAACACAAAACUUCAAGAUUCCGAACCCCCUUCCCAUUUCUCCAACAGAGAGCAUUAAGUCGACUGAACAAGGCUAGAAUUUGAGUAUUUUGGUACAGUCUAAGAAGAUGAUGCACCUGAGAAUGAAGAGCUGAAAUGCCUUUACCUUCAGAGAGAUUAUUGGGCUACAAGUUUCUGUAUAUAGUUUUCUUUAGAGUAAAUUUUUUGAAGGAUAUUUUUUGGAGACGAGGAUUUGGGAAUCAUGGAACUGUCUUUUGUUUUUCCUGUUGCUGCUGUAUCUUACAACAGAAUGCAGACCACACAUGUUAUCUACAUUUGUUUGAUUUAAGAAAUGGCUAUUU